AUGGCUAAAAUCGCAAUUAUUAUUUAUUCUCUAUACAGCCAUGUGGCCACAAUGGCCAAGGAUGUCAAAAAGGGAGUGGACUCCGUUGAAGGUGCAGAAGCUGACGUUUUCCAGGUUCCAGAAACACUUUCAGAUGAUAUCAGAAAGCAAUUGGGAGAUCCACCAAAGUUGGACUUGCCAGUUGCUACUGCUGACACCCUAGUUGAGUAUGAUGGUAUCAUUUUUGGUAUGCCAACCCGUUUCGGAUCGAUGCCUGCCCAAAUCAAGGCGUUCAUAGAUGGAACCGGCGGAUUAUGGGCAAACGGUGCUUUGUAUCACAAACCAGUUGGAGUUUUCGUUUCUACAGGUACUGGUGGUGGUAAAGAGUUGACAAUAUACAAUUGUUUGUCGACUUUUGCCCAUCACGGUAUGCUCUACGUGCCAUUGGGUUACGGAAAAGCUUAUCCUGAAUUCUGUGAUCUUUCCCAGCCUAAUGGUGCAAGUCCAUGGGGUGCAGGAUGUCUUGCUGCCUCAGAUGGAUCAAGACAAGCUUCAGAAACUGAACUUAAGAUUGCCAGAAUUCAGGGUGAAGAGUUUGCUAAUACGGUUGUUAAGCAACAGAAGUCAAUUGCAGCUGAAAAGAAGACCACGAAGCCUGAAGAAAAAACUGCAAAGACUGAUGCUAAUGCUUCCAAAGAGACCAAGCCUGUUGUCAAGUCUAAAAAAACUACUAAAACUGCUCCAAAGGAAGAGCCUAAGAAGGGACUUUUGUCGAGGAUAUUGGCCAAAACGAAGAAGUUUUUAAGCUGA